UUUAGAAAAGUUAUAAUUAACAAUAAUAAUAACAAAGCAAUAAAAUAAUAAUGCUACCAAAAUCAAAUCAAUCAAUAAUGAUGGCUAAUAUUGUAGGAAAAAUGUCAACAUUUGUAAAAAAUGAUUCAUCAUCAAUCAUUAUGAUUAAUUUUUUAAUGAUUAUUAUGGUAAUAUUAUUACCGGUAACACAACAAGCAACAAUUGAUACGAAAAAAAGUUCAUCAUCAUCAUCAAUUUCCGAUCAAUCAGUAGUUGAUAGUGGAUCAUCGUCAUUAUCAUCAUCAAAAUCAUUACCAUUGAUCGAUUCGAAUGGUAAUGAAUUUGAUUUUGUUGAACCAACAUUUGUUGAUUGGCAUAAACGUGCAAGUGGAUUUUUACCGAUGCGUGGCCGUAAAUCAGCCGAAUCAAAUCAAUAUAUUAAUAAUAAUAAUGAUAUUAUUGAUAAUUAUGCAUCAUUAAAUGGAUAUGGUAAUGGAAUAAUGGAUCAAUCAAUGAUGAUUCAACCGAAUAGUGAAGAAUUAGAAUUAUUGAAUCUAUUGGAAAAACGUAAUCGUAUUAAUUCAUUUAUGCCAAUGCGUGGCCGUAAAUCAGUUGAUUAUUAUUAUAAUCAACAAAAUCCUUUUGUACCACCACCAGCAAGAUCAAAUUAUUAUAGAAGUUUUGAUGGUUUUGGAAAUAGCGAUAACAUACAGUUAUUACCAUCACAGCUAACAGCAUCAAAAUUUAUGAAAUCAGGAAGAAUGAUUACAGGAACUAAUGGUGCUGGUGUCGGUGGUGGUGGUGGUGGUAGUGUCAGCAAUCUCUAUCAUCAAAACGAUCAAAAACGUGGAAAAGGUGUCGCAUUUUUCGGUUCGCGUGGUAAAUAAAUAUUUUCAAUCUAAAAUGAACAAAACAAAAAAAAAAUCAAUCGAUUUUCAAACAUAACAAAAAAAAAAUCAA